AUGGCACCCUGGUCCCGGUUUGCCACACCUCUAUACAAGAACACCGGCUCCGUCGCGCGCGACCACCUCGCGUCCGAGCGCACCUUCCUGGCCUGGAUACGGACCGGGCUGGGCUUCGUCGCGCUCGGCAUCGCCAUUGAGCGCUUCUCGCAUCUGGACCUGAGCGAGGUCCUGCCGGAGCACCACCGCAAGCCCCUGAGCGCGGAGAGCAGGCUCGAUAGGGAGCGCGACAAGGAGCAGGUGCAGGUGCUCGUCGGGGUGCUGAUGGGCCUGGGCUCGGGUUCGAUUUUGUACGGCACGGCGCGGUACUUCACCAAUAUGAAGCAUUUGCAGCGCGGCGAGUUCAAGCCGGCGUAUCACGGCGCUGCGGUCAUGGCCGCGGCUGUCGCUGGACUCGCCGGCGGGGUCUACGGGUCAGCGUUGAGGCGGAGGAGAGCGGAGAGGAAGGAGAUGGAGCAGUGA